AUGGCAGCGGGAAAGUUUGAUAAUAGGAUUGACGAAGGCCUACUGAAAUGCCAUGUUUGUUUGGAACGUUAUAAGAACCCAAAGAUGUUACCAUGUCACCAUUCGUUCUGUGAGCUGUGUUUAGUGAAGUUAAAGGGACUGUGUGGUGUGAUUAAAUGUCCCAACUGCGGGAAACAUCAUUCUGUGAGUGACAUUCAACAAUUCCCGCCGAGUAUGAUUAUACAGUCUGCCUUAGACGUGAUAGAAGAACAAGAAAUGCAGCGAGAUGUUGGACCAUGCCAUGGUUGUCAAGAAAAUCUAUCAAUAAACAGGUGUGUAGAUUGUGCUAUGAAUUGCUGUACAUUGUGCGCUGAAGCUCACAUUAAAUCCUCAGUUAGUCGAAAUCAUCGAAUUGUGACUCUUAAGAUAUUUAACGAGGACAAAUUACGAGACAAAUCAAAAGCUAACAGAGAAAGAUUGAUCGACAUUUUCCCCAAUAAAUGUCAUUUGUGCGUAGGAUUGGGUCAACGUGACGCAGAUCGUGGUGCAUACGACAUGCAGGAGGUCUCGGAUACAUUUUGUGAGAUGGCAACUUAUCACAUCGAACGUUUGGAAGCAAAACGAAACGAAGCAAAACAAAGCAAAGAAAGCGCCACAAAACAAUCCGAAGAAAUAGCUAAACAAUACUUGGAACGAAAACAGCAGAUAAAGAAACAUUCACAAGAAACAAUUGCGAAAUUGAGCAAAAUAAUAAAACAAGAAGAAACUAGUCACUUGAGAAAAUUAGAAAACGAUUAUAAUAAAAUGAAUAACGAGAUCAAGAGGAAAAUGCACCAGAUUCAAACAACUGAGGAACUACUGACAAGUACAAUCAUAUUAUUAAAUAAUUUAUUACAAUAUAGCAGUGCUACACAGCCGGUGAAAACUGGUAAAGAAACAACAAAUCAACUGGAAACUAUGACGUCACUUGAAACAACGUGGAAUAACUAUAACGCACUUCCGACGUUUUAUGCUGGUGACGUCACAUUGCAAGGAAUGCUGGGAGCAUUUCACAAUAUAGAGGUAGAUUCACUCCGCCAAACACGAGGGCCAUCAAAUCGAUUAGCCGCACCAAUGGUAUUAGAGAGAACUAUAGGGGAACGAGGCACGAAACCAGGAAAGUUUGAUCUACCACUUGGAAUGAGCAUCGAUCAAAGUAAUGACAUUGUAGUGGCUGAUAAUAUGAAUGAGAGAGUUCAGAUUAUAGAUAUAUAUGGAAGACCAAAGUCACAGAUAAAUUUCACUGGAUAUAGCAAACCCGUCCGACCCAUAGAUGUAGCAAUAUCGGCAGACAAUAAAUACUUCAUUACAGAUGGGACUUGGGGAUUCAGUGUAGGUAACAACCAGGUGAUUGUAUGCAAUCAAUAUGGAAAGGUUAUAAAGUGCUUUGGCAGGAAAGAAUUACAUAAUCCAUAUGGAAUAGCUAUCAACCAUAACAAUGGUAUUGUAUAUGUGGUUGAUAGCAGUGCGCACUGUAUACGAUUAUAUAAAAUGUCAGAUUACGAAUAUAUUAGGUCAGUUGGUGAAGAAGGUGAAGGGUCGUGUCAGUUUGAAGACCCACAGUUCAUUGCUAUUAAUAGUAAGGGAUGUAUAAUUGUCUCAGAUGCAGGGAACAGUCGUAUCCAGGUUCUCACAUCUGAUGGUGUAUUUAUGUUUGCAUUCGGGGGAUAUCCAAAUGAAAUGAUUGAUUGGCCCUGGGGUAUAACGACAGAUGAGAGCGAUAAUAUUUAUAUAUGUGAGUACAAUUAUAAUAGAUUGCAGAAAUUCAAUAGUGAAGGGAAAUUCGUAACCAACAUUGCUAGUGGUGGUCAUGUCUUGGAUCGCCCCAGGGCUGUAGCAAUUACAAUGGAUGGAAAGGUAAUCGUGACUGAUGAUUCGCAUAGUGUUAAAGUGUUUUCAUAA